AUGUUCAGGAAGAUAAACGCCGUGUUCCGGCCCAAUCACGGCCACCGAGGCCGCGAGGACGACUACCACAGCGCCUGCACGGUCAAGCUGGUGCGCAGCACGUCUAUGCUGGUGGUAGGAGAGGCCCGCGGCGGCAGAGCAAGCCGGACGCAGCGUGAGCUGGACGCCACACUGAAGCGCAGCAAGAGCUCGGUGACCCUGGAGUCCACCAGCACCAGCACCACCAGCACCACGACGGCGCUGUUCUACUACCACACCCAGCAGGACCAGAUCUGGCUCUACUCACAGAACCAGGACUGCCUGCAGUACCUGCAGGAGCUGGUGGCCCUGAGGCGGCAGUACACCCAGAGCAUCAUGAACAUCCAGAACGCGGAGCGGAGGAACUCACUGGCGUCGGAGGCCAAGAAGAAGGCCGCUCCACAACCACCACGGGCCAAAGCCGCUCCUGCGAGAGCUGAGCCCACCGCUCCUCCGAUUCCUAACGAAGAGGACACGCUCCAAUUCUUGGACUCCGUCAUAGCCAGCUGUGAUCCGGAGCCCAGACGCAAGCCCAACAUGGACGACGGCCACGCGGAUGUGGACUUUGUCGUGGCUACCAGCACCAGUGAGCAUGACCUCCACUCUAACUGGGUUAUGCGAGACCCGCGUCGGUUCUCCAUGGAUGAGUCCCGGCUGCGUCACCCAGAGCCCAAACUGGAGCCAGGGCCGAACCCCCCCACUGGCAGGCGCAAGGGCCAGAGUGGUACCGCCAGCGGCCGCCGACUCCAACGAAACCCCAUACACCUGCCCAAGGUGGUGGAGAGCGCCUUUCAGACACUCCGCUUCAAACCCAAACUCAAGAAGAAGGACUAAGCCUUUCAGACACCCCGAUUGA